AUGCCGGCCGCGCCCGCGCCGGCCCCGCCGCCCCGAGGGGCCGCGGGGGCCGCGCCAGCCGCGCCCGCUGCGCGCACUCGCCUCAACAGCAAGGCCUGCGCCUACAUACCCGGCGCGGCGGGCCCUGGCUGUCAGGGCGUCGGCGGUCGCAAUGGCUUGGGCGAAGGACGCGUCAAGCCCCGGCUGGAGCCUCCCGCCGUGGCGGCGCCGGCAGUGGACGAGCGGACUACGGUGAUGAUGUGCCGGGUGCCGCUCUUCUACACGCGCGACAUGUUGCUCGAUUUGUUCGAGGCCAAGGGUUUGUUCGACCACGUCGAUUUUAUUUACGUGCCGAUCAAGUUCAAGACUGGCCUUGGCUUUGGCUAUUGCUUCGUGAAUCUUACCACGCACGAGCAGGCGAGGACGUUCAUCCGUACUUUCGACGGGUUCGACGACUGGGAGUCCUCAUUCUCCACGAAGGCGUGCCACGUGCGCUGGAGCGAUAAUCAGGGCUACUGGCCGAAUGUCUUUCGGUUUCAGAAUAGCUCUCUGAUGGGCGAGGACGUGCCAGACUUCUACAAGCCUGCGCUCUUCAGUCGUUGUGUUCGGGUCCCAUUCCCCGGGCCCACUAAGAGCGUGCGCAAGAUGAGGGCCAAGAAGCUGUCCGCAGAUGCGACUGUUGAGUGGUGA